AUGGAUCAAAAAGAAUUUGUUCGGAGAAAUUAUAUCAAGUUGACAGAAGCUAUUGCUCCAAACGUCGAAGCAGUUGUCGUUUGGUUGUUCAGCAAUGGUGUCAUAUCGCGGCAUAUGAAGGAUAAUGUGCUAGAGAGCAACAAAACACAACAUAAAAAGACAUGGGCAUUGCUAGACCUCAUUGUAACUCGGGGACCCAGAGCACUGGAUUAUCUCUACAAUGCUGUUUUAGAAGAACAGUUGUACGAGGCAGCUGACAUCUUAAAGCCAGAGAAGGGUCCUCAUAUGCCAGUGGUUGUUCUACAUCCUUAUGUGUCAUCACCUGCAGUCCAGCAAACUCCAACAAUGGAGUAUGACUCACCAGAUGAGGGACUUCCAGACACAUGGCCAUCAGAAGAGGCCAUAAAAGCCUGUACUACUGUCCGAAUGGUUAAGGAGACUCAUAGAAGAAUGAUCAACUUAUUUAAAGAAACAUUGACACCCAGAGGACAAGAGAUGAGAUACUUAAUGUCGGCAAAACCACGAGGACGAGUGCUGGUAAUAAACAAUGAAGAAUUCACUCAUCUGGAUAACAGAGUUGGAUCAUUUGAGGAUAGGAAAUCUUUGGAGACACUUUUUAAAGCAUUAGAUUUUGAUGUUGAAGUUGCCAAAAAUCAGACAAAAGAGCGUAUGUGGGAGUUAUUAGUCAAAGAAUCUGAAAAGGAGUACCAUAAAAAGGCUCAGUGUUUUGUGCUGGUCAUCCUCUCACAUGGCCACACCGGUGUUGUUUUUGGAACAGAUGGGCGCUUGAGAAAUGGUCAUCCAGAGAACUUUUUGGAAAUCAAAAACAUUACUGACCUGUUCUGUAAAAGCGAGAACCUGCAAGGAAAACCAAAGCUAUUCUUUAUUCAGGCUUGCCAAGGAGCUAACAAGAAUGAAGGUCAUCCUGUUGGGCAAGCUGAUAGCACUGUACCUCAAAAAUCUGCAGCAGCAGAUGGUGAGGUUCCCAUCAGUAGCUUUGCAGCUUCUUCUGCUCCUGUCGCUGGUGUAGGGGACACUAAAGAACAAGAGGAAAUAAUAAAAGAAGCCAAAGCAACACUACAAGAAGUUAUUUCUACUACACAGUCUGAUGCGGCAGGGGACAAGAGGCCUUCAGGUGCAGAUGUUUUUGUGGCCGUAGCCACCAUUCCAGGUUUCCUUUCAUAUCGAAAUACACAAAUUGGAACAUGGUUUAUCCAAGCCAUCUCUUAUGUGUUUGCCAAGUACGCCUACAAGUAUGACCUCAACAAACUGAUGACAUGGGUCAAUAACUUAGUUGGAAGAGCAGAAACAGGCAAGGAAAGAUACAAGCAAAUUUGUGAAAAAAAAGAUUCAUUUCAAAAGGAAUUUUAUUUUUUCCCAGGACUGGUUGAUGAUAAAUAG